AUGAUCGGUUCUAUGAAGCAGCUAAAAGACACACCAAUCGACCUCGUCGACUUGUCCCAAGUCCAAUCUACAAUAGCCUCCAUUUUCAUGGACAGUCCGUCAAACACUACCCUACAAGACAUCGAUGUCGGGAGCACAAGCGCUCGUCUAGAUGACCUGGCUCUUGCUUUUGCUGCUCUUACAUUUGAAGCCUUCGCUGAGAGUAACGCUGAAGUCCCACUCGCAUUUCUCGAGCUGUCAAUGAAAACUGCUGAGGACUAUGUCGGCCCGCCAACGCUCAAUCUAGCCAUUGCAAGUUUUCUUCAGCAUGUUUGUGUGCUUCGAACUGGGACAUCCAAUCGUAGUCGAGCGUUGAUUGCGCAAGCCGUGCAGGCAGCUCACGAUAUUGGCAUCAACAGGUGCGGUCCGAGUCAUAACCCUCUGCAAACUGCCAGGCUUUAUUUGGCGCUUUAUUUCACCGAUCAGUACUGUGCCAUGACACAUAAUACUGCGCCAUGCAUCAAGCCGACCGAUUAUGAUCCUGUUAUCUUCGAACCACUCCGACAAGCCAGCCCGGAACUUAAAAAUCUGAUGGAGCUAGUGGCUUUAAAUGGGAAAGUACUGGACAAAAUGCAUGCGUCUCCGUUAACUUACGAGAACGUCAUAAGCCUAGAAUCCAUCAUUGGCAAGGCGUGUUUCGCCCUUGGCCAGCCGCUUCUCAACAAUGCGCAGAACGAGAAAGGCUUCGAAGCACGCUACGUCAACUUGGCUCAUGUUCAUAUGUUCUGGUCACGCAUCAUGCUUCGUACACCUUUCCUCCUGUCCAACGAACACUGGUUGUCCUCACUCAGUAUCUGCAUCCGUGCAGCGCAGAUGCUCCUUUCGAUAUACUUCGACGUCCUCGGCCCAUCAAUCCAAGCAAUAGCUCGGACUGAUUCUCCUGCAACUGAUCGAGAGUGGAAAUUUGCUCUCAGAGUCAAUCAGUUGCCACCUACUUGGCGCCAAGUACGGAGAAUAAUGACAUCGGUUUUGAUCCUCUUCUUUGCCUUUUGGUAUGGCGAGGUCUCAUACGACGAGGCCGGCCGCGCAUGUGCGUAUGCCUUGGCACUUUUGGAAUUUGAACGAACGAGAUGGGGUGCUGCGCUCAAUGAUUCUAGGCGAUCAAUCUUAUCUCUUGCGGCCGUCAGUGGAAUCAAUUCUAUGGAGUACAUUAAGUGGAUUCUACCAGGUGCAAAUGAAGCCUUCAUCGCCAACGUGCUAGAUGUGGAUCAUGUCCGGGCACAAGCAGAUCCCACUAUGGACCAGCAACCAGAUGAUGGUGGAUCAUCUGUCCUUCAGGAUUUGGAUGGCGAUAGCUUUGGAGACUUGCUCUCCUCUACUGCUCUAUUCUCCGGUGCUUUUCCGCAUACAGAAUUGGACUUCCACAGCCUAUUUAGCGCCGAUUUGGGAGGAAUGGAAAAUUUAUGA